AUGGUCAGGAUUGUCAUAAAGUUGUGUUCUUUGGGCGCAAAUGUUGUCAUCACUGGAAAAGAUGACAAUCGUAUCCAAGAAGUGGUCAACAAAUGCCAGAAUCGGGAAAAUCAAAGAGCACUCGGAGUGAGGGCUGACAAAGACAUUGAGGAAUUGGUGGCGAAGACUAUCGCAGAGUUCGGCAAAAUUGAUAUUUUGGUCAAUAACGCGGCGGUCGGCCCGACGGCCAGUUUCGGAGACCCGGAGUAUUUAAAUUCAUACGAUUGGGUGAUGAAUGUAAACGUCCGGAGUGUACAGGUGUUGACACAACUGGCGCUUCCAUAUAGCGUUGCCAAACGAUUUUCAAAAUAUCAUUUGGCAACGCUACUUCCAUACCUGGAGAUAACGAAAGGCAAUAUCAUUAACACCUCGAACAUCGCUGAAACUAUACCGAGUGCCGACAGAUUUCCAUACCAUAUGUCCAAAUGCGCGCUCAAUAUGUUCACCAAAUGCCUGGUCUUAGAAUUGGGGCCCAAAGGGGUUCGCGUUAAUUGCCUUACCUACAAACUAUAUAGUGUUAACUCAAUUAACAAUCACGUUCUCAUAGGUUGGGUCCAAUUCGGUCGCACUCUAUGGACAGCGGCGCUUGAGAGGCACUGUGAGGCAAACUACCCGUUGAGACGUAUUGGAGAAGUGGAGGAUGUGGUCGAAGCGGUCGCAUACCUGGCCUCACACAAGUCCUCAUAUAUAACGGGUGCCAUUUUGCCUGUUGAUGGCGGUCGACUCGCCUCAACUGUAUACAGUAGUAAGCAAUUUGCAUAUCAAAGCACGAUUUCGGUUAUCGGUGAAGGGAUUGCCAUAAAGUUGUGGUCUUUGGGCGCAAAUGUUGUCAUCACUGGAAGAGAUGUCAAUCGUAUCCAAGAAGUGGUAAACAAAUGCCAGAAUCGGGAAAAUCAAAAAGCACUCGGAGUUAGGGCUGACUUAUCGGCGGACAAAGACAUCGAGGAAUUGGUGGCGAAGACUAUCGCAGAGUUCGGCAAAAUUGAUAUUCUGGUCAAUAACGCGGCGGUCGGCCCGACGGCCAGUUUCGGAGACCCGGAGUAUUUGAAUUCAUACGAUUUGGUGAUGAAUGUAAACGUCCGGAGUGUACAGGUGUUGACACAACUGGCGCUUCCAUACCUGGAAAUAACGAAAGGCAAUAUCAUUAACAUCUCGAGCAUCGCUGGCACUAUACCGAGUGCCGACAGAUUUCCAUACCAUAUGUCCAAAUGCGCGCUCAAUAUGUUCACCAAAUGCCUGGCCUUAGGAUUGGGACCCAAAGGGGUUCGCGUUAAUUGCGUUACUUUGGGUCCGAUUCGGUCGCACUCUAUGGACAGUAAUGCCAUUUAUAAGGACAAUGAGGCGGCGCUCGAGAGGCACUGUCAGGCAAACUACCCGUUGAGACGUAUUGGAGAAGUGAAGGAUGUGGUCGAAGCGGUCGCAUACCUGGCCUCACACAAGUCCUCAUAUAUAACGGGUGCCAUUUUGCCCGUAGAUGGCGGUCGACUCGCUUCAACCAGCCAAUGA